ACCACCUCCAGAGAGGGAUGUAUCUGACGUAUGCCAUGGUGAAGUAUUGCAGUAUUGUUCUUAUGUAAACUAUGCAAUCCUACUCUCUUCAUUGCAGUAUUGUUCUUAUGUAAACUGUCAAAUUCCACACUGUCUGCCGGGUGGUUAUGGGCAUAUAACUCCCGCUAAACAUCAAAGGUUUCCAUGGUAGCCACCCAUGCACCAUGGUAUAAGAUGUGAUGCAUGCUGUCUUUGAGGGGGUUGCAGCUACACAAUUACAAGUCCUUUUGCCCUACUUAAUUGAGGAAAAGAAGUUUUUCACUUUAGACCAGCUAAAUCUUCUCAUUAGGUCACACAGUUAUGGUUAUUCUGAAGUUCAGACAAAGCCAUCUCAAAUCAAAAAAGAUGAUACUUAUCAUGUAAAGCAAUCAGCAUCUCAAAUGAUGACGUUGAUACGUCUAUUGCCAUUUCUUAGUGGCAGUUAUAUUGAUGAUGAUGAUGUGCAUUGGGAUUGCUACUGUCUGCUAUGGCUCAUUUGUGACAUGAUUGUUAAAGCAUAUCUAGAAUGUUUCACUUUUCUCUACUCUCACAUUAAUGUGACACCCAAAAUGCAUUACCUAAUCCAUCUACCUGAGCAAAUGGAACUGUUUGGACCAUUGAGGCACCAUUGGUGCAUGCGAUUUGAAUGCAAAAAUGCACAAAUAAAAGGAUUUGUUACUAACUGUUUUAAGAAUGUACCAUUUUCUGUAGAUGUACGACACCAGCAGUGGCUGUUAUCAUCUUGUGGUUCAGCGUGGUCAGCUCUACUCGUCAUUUCUUUAUGAUGGAGAUCAAGUUAUGUCAGGUACUUUAUGUAACUUGUUUGUUUACAAGCGAGAACUUGAUUUACUGUUUGGCAGUUUGGAAUUUGAGAUUAAAGGAAUUAGGUAAGUCAAUGA